UUUACAGGCGGGAUAGAGAGCUCUGGGAGAGACAACCCUCCACUCUUGACGUCAGACGAGAGAGAGAGAGAGCGCGAGAGAGAGAGCUCAAAAUAAACUCAAACUUCACAAUCAUUCGGUGUGGCCACAGCAGAGGAAAGAUCUGCUUGGCCGUUAUAAGACUACAGACCCUAUUUUUGUCAAUAUUUGUUGUGAGGGUUUUGAGUGAUUUUAACACGAUUCGUUUUGGAGUUUUCGGUGUGGGAUUAGAGAGGACGUGAGAAAAAGAGGAUGGCAUGUCUAUGAAAUAUUCGCUGAAAUCCGAAUAUUUAUGUGACCGUUUAGUAGAGCCGUUUUUAUUUUUACACGGAAACAACGCAACAUUAUUUAGGAAUACCACAGACCACGGUUAUAACUGAUCAUUAUUUUUUCUACACAUAUUUUGGCAAACUUUUUUUGUUCUGAUGCCCGCUGCGCCGGAAUGCAAGCUGUCCCAUCAUGGCCGGAUCAUGAAAUGUGUUACUUUUUUACUUUUGCUCCCUGAAACGUUAAAGAAGUUGAAGCGGGCAAGCAAGCACCCCGGCAGGCUGUCUCUGUGCUAUAACAUCUUAACUCUUUCCCUGAAGAAAAGGAUGGCAGCGGAACUGUACCCCGUGAACGACCACGCCACAGUGCAGAAGAACGGGACUGUGAUGCUGAGUCUGCCAGAGAAGAGGAAGAGGAGCGUGGAGCCAGUUGCGCAGUCCACCGCGUCCAUCGCCACCACACCGACCACAGAGCAAAACAUCAACAACAACAACGUGGAGAUUCCCAGCUGGCAUUCCGCGCAUCCGACUUUACAAGAAAGAAAUGCACUAAUGUUCAAUAAUGAACACAUGGCAGACGUUCAUUUCAUUGUUGGUCCGCCCGGUGAAUCGGAAAGGGUCCCGGCACACAAGUAUGUGCUGGCAGUGGGGAGCUCUGUUUUCUGUGCCAUGUUUUACGGGGCUCUCGCAGAAGGGGACUCUGAUAUACAUAUUCCAGAUGUGGAACCCGCUGCUUUUCUCAUCCUGCUCAAAUACAUGUACAGUGAUGAGAUAGAGCUGGCGGCCGACACAGUACUGGCUACGCUUUACGCUGCCAAAAAAUACCUGGUGUCUGCUCUGGCUCGCGCAUGUGUGGGUUUCCUCGAGACAAGCCUGGAGGCGCGCAAUGCGUGUGUGCUGCUAUCUCAAAGUCGGCUGUUUGAGGAGCCGGAGCUCACUCAGAGGUGUUGGGAAGUGAUCGACGCCCAGGCAGAGCUUGCGCUGCUCUCGGAAGGUUUAACUGAGAUUGACUUGCCCACACUAGAACACAUUUUACAAAGGGAAACUCUGAACAUGAAGGAGGCGGUGGUUUUCCAGGCCGUUCUGGGAUGGGCCGUCGCAGAGUGUCGGAGACAAGGCCUGACCCCCACUUCACAGAACCAGCGCUCCGUGCUGGGGAAGGCUUUGCACCUUGUGCGUCUGCCUUCAAUGACACUGCAGGAAUUUGCAGAUGGAGCUGCGCAGUCGAAAAUUUUAACCCUUGAGGAAACGCACAGCAUCUUUCUCUGGUACACGGCGGCUACGAAACCUGUGCUGGGAUUCCCGGUUGAGCCCAGAAAGGGGCUGACGCCGCAACGCUGUCACCGUUUCCAAUCCUCUGCGUACCGAAGCAACCAGUGGCGCUAUCGCGGACGCUGCGACAGUAUCCAGUUCGCUGUGGACAAGCGCGUGUUUAUCGCCGGACUUGGUCUGUAUGGCUCCAGUGGAGGGAAGGCAGAAUACAGCGUCAGAAUUGAACUAAAGAGACAGGGAGUGCUUCUUGCACAAUACUUGACCAAAUUUGUGUCAGAUGGUUCUAGCUCAACAUUCCCCGUGUGGUUCGAGCACCCGGUACAAGUGGAGCAGGACGUGUUCUACACUGUUAGCGCUGUUCUAGAUGGGAGCGAGCUGAGUUAUUUUGGACAGGAAGGAAUGACAGAAGUCCAGUGUGGGAAAGUCACCUUUCAGUUUCAGUGUUCCUCUGACAGCACUAACGGGACAGGGGUGCAGGGGGGACAGAUUCCAGAGCUGAUAUUUUAUGCGUGAAAACUUGGACUGAUCCAUUAAUGAAGAGACAGCAGGGGAAUUUUUCCCCUGGAAUAAAUGCCUUUACUCACAACAUAGCUGCAAGACAUUUCUAGAAGAGGAGACUAUCCCCUCUGAUUCGAUUUUUUUACGUCUCGCAUAUAAUGGAAUGCUGCCCAAACUUAUUUAUUUCUUUAAACAUACUGUUUUAAAACAUGUACUUUAAUUUAAGCAGAUUUUAUUUCUAAUUAUUCAUAAUAUGCCUGUGUACAGUGAAACAUGGGCAGUUUGCACUUGAAACUAGGCAGCUUUUCCUCUGUCUUGUUAUUUAAUGGUUAUUUGUUGACAGCUUGAUGCUGAGUAACCGAAAAAGGGUUUCAAGAGCCUGCAAAAUCAUAAAAU